AUUAGUAAUAACAGAGAGACUGGCAAAAAGAAAAAGCCCACACUUUAUUUUCUCUCUCCUCUUUUCUUUUUGGUUUUUCAAGUUGCUAAUUUUUCCAUUGCUCUAGCCUCUAGAUACACUGAGAACCGAGACUCUUUUCUCUUCUUUUUAGUUGGUCAGUCUCGGGUGGAGGACGCAACCGCUUCACCGCCGGCAACCGCCACACACCCUCUUUCUUCUCUUCACGGUGACCGGCGGUUUCUGAUGAUUGUGGAAUGGAAUGACUGCAUAGUGGACUUGGUUGAAAAUGCCUAGCAGCAAGGUUUAUCUGACGUACAAACGGAAGCUGCCAUUGUCUAGAACUGUCAUUGCCCAUGAAAAUGGGUGCCAUAAUUCACUUUCUGAAGGACCAUGUGACACUUCUGUGACUGCGCCAGAGAAGCAUGAUGCACCAAGUGAUGAAAACAAAUCAGAAAAUCAGCAAAGAAAUUCAUUGGUUAGAGACAAGGGCAAUGUUUUCGGUGGCUUUGAAGACUUUGAGCUUGCUCAUGGAGAUAUGAACGAGGGUUUCAAUGACGUCCUACCCUUUGGCUUCAUUGCUUUCAAAAUAUUUCCUGGAUGUGUUUUUUGUGGUGUCAGAGGCAACCUGCUGCAGUGCAAAGACUGCCAUCAACCUUACCAUCAUGAGUGCCUGGAUAGGUUGCUUAAGUCAAGGCAUACUCUAAACAUGGAAAGAGUUGGCUGUGGUUGUGAACUACAAGGUCCUUCUGUGCUUCGGCCAAUCCAAAAAUCAAGCGGACUGGAAGAACCAAAACACGUUGGGGGAUCUAAUAAGAAACCAAUGGCCAUUAGUUCUUGUAAAUCACCUGUUAUGGGGAGUCUUGAGGAGGGCACCUCUGGGAAGGACACAGAGGCACCUCCUUAUCUGGAUAUAUCCUUGAAAAGUAAAUUACAUCAUGUUCAAAUUAAUUCAUGUUCAGUUAUGGACAUGGAUUCUGAGGAGAAAUCAAGUUCUGAGUCAACAGGGAUCAACAAUGGAAAGAAUUCAGAUUUUGUCAGCUCAAAAUCAUCCUUAGAAAGUAGUUGUAUUGCUGUAUGUGAUACUGAUUCAUGUUUUCUGAAAUCAUCCAGCUCUGAAGGCACUGGUACACUCUCUAAAGAUAAGUCCACUGAAAGUCCUGGCCAUUUGCAUGGGCCAAGCAAGCUUAGCGUUCCAUUAAUUACUUUUAGUCGAAGAUGUAAAAGGAAGAAAGACGAUAAUGAGGAUGAUAAAAAAGGUUUAUUUCUUGGGGAGAACAAUUGUUCAUUUCGCACCAAAUGGAGUAAAACUACUGAUAGUGCAGCUUCUCUUGAAGUCCCCUUGGGAGAUAAAUCAAGAGAUUUGGAGCUACCUAGUGUUGAUGCAGAUUCAAGGAAUAUGUUUCAUCAAAAUCAAGAUAAUAUAAAAGCUGUUGAUUGUGCCCAUGUUCAUGUAGAUUCUGCUCUGAAUGCUAAGCCGAGUUCAACUUUUGAGGAAGAACCAUCUCAUGGUUCUAAAAGCACAUCCAAGGAUGGCUCACCUAGCACCAGAAAAGGGCAGAGUUUCAAAGUUAUCAUCAACACUAUAGAAACUCUUCUGUGCAGUUUACAUAUCUCAUCAAAUGAUGCAGCUAGAUAUCCUUGUGAAGCUACAGUAAUAGAUAAAGAGUUGGAGAACGCUAAACAUCAAGAUGGAACUAAGAUUCUGUCAAGUGAUGUUAUGAAAGCAAUAACAGUUCCUGAUUGCACAAAAGAAGGAAAGCAACUCUAUUUGGAUCUGUCCAUUACUCCUGAUUCAUGUGGUACAUUGGACCAUGAUGUCGAUUUGGCUUUGUGCUAUCGAAAUGAUCCUGUUCAUGAUGCUUCAGAAUCUCUUCGAGGCUCAUUUGACUCCACAAGCAGAAGUCAUGCCACUGUUUUAGAUCAAUUGCCCCCUCCUGAAUUAUUGCAAGGCAAGAAUAAGAGAGUGGGGGAUGUCUCACCAGCUCAUUCAACAGGGGCACUUAGUGAUACAUCUACUUCAGUCGAAGAAGCUGGUGUCAGCUCAAAAGAUGAUGAUGCAGCUUGUCCUGGGCUUUCCAUGGACAAUGCAUCAAAAAUCAAAUGUCUGCAGUUGUUUUCUAAAGAAAAAGACAACAGUUUCCACUUAGCAAUUACAAAGCCAGAAGUUGCUACUUGCAUGGGUUUGGAAGGAAGUAACUCUCUUAGGUUUCAAAGUGACAAUGAUCAGGAGCGAAAGACUUCAUGUGGUUCUCUAUUAGAUUUGGGCUUAUCCCUGCCAUCAGACUCUAAUAUGGGCAAUUAUUAUACAAAAAAGUGCUCCACCACAUUACCAAUGUGGAAUUCUGACAGUAAAAUGAGAGACUUUGUUCAAGAUGCACUGCCUCAAACUUCAUCUAGCCAUGCAGCUUCAUUGCUGAGACAUAAGCUUAUGCUUGAUAGUAUUGUAAUUCGAGCAAGUGCUUUGAAUGCAAAAGGUGGUUUUCAGGACCAUUGCAAGUCAUAUACUACUUUAUGGUCAGAAGAUGAACUGGAUUCUCUUUGGAUAGGUGUGAGGAGACAUGGAAGAGAUAACUGGCAUGCCAUGUUAAGGGAUCCAAGGCUCCACUUUUUUUCUUGGAGAACAGCAAGGGACCUUUGUGAGCAGUGGGAGGAGGAGCAAGCUAAACUGCUGAAUGGCAGUUGUGUUUUACAGUUCAGUUCUCCAAUAACACAUGAUAUUUCUUUGGACAAUAAUGGUCGGCAGACGUGUACAAACGCUGGAAUCUGGAGGGAGAAUGCAACCGAGGAAACUAAACUCUCACUAGGGGAUGUAUAUGCUCAUAGAACUAGCAGCAGCUCAAAAAGGCGGCAUGUCAACUUCACUGGUGUUGGAUGUAACGACAUCAAACAAUUUCAUAGACCUGCUACUUACCCAAGGAGUGCAUCUUACUCAGAGUAUGAGGGUGAAAUAUAUAGCAAGGGAUUAUAUGAUCAUUUGGGUCGUAUGACUGUGCCGAGGCAUGAUCCAUUACUAAUUAAUAACCAUUACACUGCUUUGGCAUCUAAAGGUAAUUUGCCUCACUGGCUAAGAGAAGCAGUAAAUACUCCUCCGCCAAGACCAAUGGAGGCAACUCUAUUCCCUGGUUUUUCAUCUAUUGCUCAUUCAGAGGGAACGCGAGUUGUGAAACCAUAUCCAGAUCCUAGUGAACUACACUUAAGUGGCAUGAGGAAUAGGGUAGAUGGCAAUUUUGGAAGUGCGAAGGCAAAUAAGCUACAUCCAUCUGCUAGUGCUCAUCGCUCCAAUAUCUCCUUGGGAAUGACAUAUAGAAAGUCAGACAUGUGCAGUUCUUUAGGAAUUGUCAAUAAACCGGACAACUUGAUCGUUAUUGAUAGCGAUGCAUCAUCUGAGGAGACAAUAUCUGAUGAUCAUAGUGCUAGACCCUAGUUUGAAGGAGGCUAAGAGGCAAGAGACUUUAGUUUUCUCAAAGUUUAAUUGUCUGCUGUACAGUUUUGUAGUUUAGCAUUUUGUAAACAAGUUACUAACCGAUUUCCUUAUCGGUUUUAGACCCACUGGUGGAUGUAGUAGUUCUGCCAGAUGCUUUCUGGCUGGCAGUAUCUGGGUAAUUUGGAAGUCCUUUUACGGGUAGGCGGCUGUGAGACAAACUUGAAUUAGCCGAGUGAAGUGUAUUAACCUGUUAAUUUAUCACCAUCCUAUGUCUGGCGAUUGAAAAGAUAAUUGAAAUGUUUGUUUUGUCAGGUA